GGGAGGGGGAGGGGCAGCCACCGAUUGAUCACGUGCAGAUGGUGGAACAGCAGAAACAGAUAGUCGCCCAACUAACUUCUGCCGCCACCAAUCUGCGUGAGUUUGUGGACCUGAAGUUGAAGGAGGAGUACGUAGAUGAGAGUGAGCGGGAGAAGGACAAGGUGGAGAGGGAGAGACUGCACGAGGAGUUCUUCUCCUCUCUCCACUCCUUCCUCACUUUCGGUCUCAAGAGGAAGCUGUGCCAGAGUGUGAUGGACAUCGCAGCCCAGAGGCACCAGCACAACACUCCCAUCGCAGUACUGACUGUCAAGGAGUUCUCACCAGUUUUGUGGGACUACUUGAAGGAGACGCUGGAUGCGACUGAAGUGGAUCUGAUCUCCUCUCUCCCCCAAGUGCACACUGACUUCGGCAGAGGGAGGGCCUGGGUAUGUCACGUGCUCAACACUAAACAACUGGCCCACUUCUACCAAAAUGCGUUCCAGGGAAAAGCACUAUUAGAACGCUACUACGAGGAGUUUUCCUGUGUGCGGGAGAAUGAAGUAGCUAACAGUGUGGUGACACAGAUGGCAGACACAGUGUCCAAUGUCCCCUUCCACUUCACAGUUAACUCCUCACAACACGACACGCCAAAACUAUUGCAGGGGGAACAGGAGUCAGAGAAAGUCUGGCACUAUGAGAUACAUGCGCCAUGGCCAAAUGAGCAGAACCAUACAUCCACCCAAUUCCUGGAGCAGAGUUCCACAGAUGACGAACAGUGUGUCCAGGACCAGCAGUCAUCUUCCAGCCAAACUAGCGGAGACAACUCUUUCCCUAACCCAGGAGGAGCCAGUUCUUUGGAUCAUGAAACAGAGAACCAGACAUAUCAGAGUCAAGAUAAUGCCACGAUGGAGCACGAGUUCCAGGCACAGCAACAUAUCAUGAGCCACGGUCAAACAUUCACAGAGCUGUCCAAUUUCGACCCAAACGAUUUGAACUCAAUGACACCUGGCUCUCACGCUGCUCAUUCUAAUCAUUACUACGAGGGGAUGCCGGAUCCGAUGACACCGCAGCAUGAGUCAAUUAUUGACAGAAGUAGUCACGUGAUGCACUCAGACUCACCAUUCAACGACUUGAUUAACUCCCCAGACAAAAACUUGAUGACAAGUGAGGCUCAUUUACAACAGAAUGCUUCAGUGACAUACCAGAAUCAACUUUCAAGCAACCAUAUUUCCUCGGUACCUGGAACUGCCAUAUAUGGAAACCACCAGGCCCACUACGUUCCCCAAUAUCACUCAAUGCAGAUGCAACCGCCUCAAGCUACCUAUCAUGACCCUAUGGGAUUAUAUCAGCCCCGCCCACACCAGAUGUUGCCUAAAAUAGAGGAACUAAUGGCUCCACCUAACAGUCGAAAUCAGCAACAGGAGUUUCCGGGAUCCAACCAUCACGUCAUGUACAGUGCUGCACCUCAUGGCACCGACUUCUACAUGGGACCGAUGUCACAGCCUCACUAUGAGCCCAUCAGUCCUGCAAUGGCAGAUGGAAACAUGCCAGUCUACAGCACCAUCCAGCCCCCCUCACUGCCUCCCGUGGUAGGGUCCCCUGGUGACAUGGCCAGAGACAACUUGGACCUCGACAGUCUAUCAGGCUCUCCUCUUCCUCCCAAAACCUUCUGUCCGGAACAAGUUGGGCCACAGACCCAGUUGAAAGUGAUGCCCAAUAACAGGGCUGAACAUGCCAAGAUGAGUCGAAUGGGCUUGAAACGAACCCACUCUACGGGCAGGGGGAGGGGCAGACCUAGACAGAGGCCGAAGAUCCAGGGUCUGCCCCCACCCAUGGACAAGGAGGAAGCGAAAGAGCAAACUGCGACAUUCCACAGGGUGUACGAGCGCGUGCGGAGGACGGAGAUCAAGAAGGGAUACGACAUUUUGGAGAACCUCAUACCAUUUCAUCUUAGGAGUGAUAUUCUGGGGAAGAAGAAGCACUUUUCGACGACGGAUGUGUUGAACUGUGCGCGGGACUACAUUGAGGAGUUGAAGAGUGACCAGGUGCAGCACCAGAUAGUGAUCUCCCAGAUGCAGACAGAGAGCGACACCUGGAAGGCCAGACUCCGCAAACUCACCCUCGAGGCCAUCAAGAGGAACAAGGUUCUGUUGUCCAACGAGAGUCUUCCAGAGUUUGAGACGAUGGACUACAAGACGUCGCUGUCCAGAUUCAUCCCACAUGUGUGUCUGCCCAACAUCGGCAUCCAAACAGGAGUGUUCCAGGAACUGCCUGCGGAAAACUCGCCCGACGACAGUGGAACGGACUACGCGCCGGGAAGUGUGGGCGGCAAAGAAUCUCCCAUUGGAAGUGUGAAGAUAUCAUCAGAUGUGAAUCUGACCGAUGGGCCAAUCAAUAGUGAUCCUGUUGCGACACUGGUCAACGACAUCAAGGAUACUUCAGAAGUGGGACUCAAUACAGAAAACAUGAGUGCAGUUAGCGAACUGAACAGCUGCAAUGGGUCACCGCCUGAAGCAGCCGCCGUCUACAAUUGACAAAAAACUUGCUUGACUUAAUGGAUCCUCAAAACAUGAACAAAAUAUUUUUAAUGAGCGUUGAAUUUUGUUUUUGAAUUGAAAAGCUAAUACUCCCAAACGGAUUUUAAAAGCAAGUUUUGAAAAUUUUAAAUUUGCGGUGAACUGAUUUCUACUUUAUAAUUUAUGAUUACGUGAUUUGCAAUCAUUUUAAGAUAAUUCACCAGAUUAACAUUGCCUUAAUAAUAAACUGUUUAAAAUUC